AUAAUGGUUCUCUGACAAAUUCGAAGGCGAGCAAAAUUCUGCGAACGUUCCGCCCCAACACGCUUGUGGAACUCACGACCAGCAGACAGUAGCUUGGCCCAGCGAUCUCUGUAUGGUCUUUGCCACAAUCGGAGGGCGAUUGCUGACAUGGACAGCCGUGCACUGCCUUCAAUGCAGGUCAUCCGACUCACGGAAGUACGUAUAAUCAUUAAUGUAUGCUAGUAUCCUAGUUCCCCGGCUGUUCUAUCUUCAACUCUUUCUUGCGAACCAUCAUCAUGUCCCAACAGCAGGUGGACGAAGAGACGCCGUUGCUGCUCCCUGUGCAACAGAAGAAGGCUAGAACACCAUUACCUUGGCGUCAAUUCUCUAUCAUACUGUUUCUUCAGCUCGCAGAACCGCUUACUUCACAAGUUAUUGCUCCCUUUGCACCCCAGUUGAUAAGAGACAUUGGCAUCACAGAUGGCGAUGAAACUCGUGUAGGAUACUAUGUCGGAUUAAUGCACUCCCUAUUCUUUGCCACACAAGCCCUUACCGUUCUCCAUUGGAGUCGGAUAUCGGACCACAUCGGACGGAAACCUGUCAUUUUGACAGGCUUAUUCGGUUUGUCCAUUUCAAUGUACUGUUUUGGCCUAUCCAGAACCUUUUGGGGGCUCGUACUAAGCCGUGCUCUAAAUGGCGCUUUGAACGGCAAUAUCGGCGUAAUCAAAAGCAUGAUGGUGGAGAUAACCGACUCGACUAAUUUAGCCCAGGCAUAUGCAUAUAUGCCGAUAGCUUGGUCAAGCGGUGGGGCUAUUGGACCCCUGAUAGGUGGGUCAUUAUCCCGGCCAGCAGAUCGAUUUCCAAACAUCUUUGGGCAUUGGCAAUUUAUGAAGACCUAUCCCUAUUUCCUUGCAUGCGCCGUGCCUGCUACCUUCUCUAUACUAGCUUGGGUUGUCACGUUUCUUUUCUUGCAGGAGACUGUACCUACCAGGGUGACUCCCUGGCGCUUGCUAAAGGGGCAAAGUCGUGAACAUUCCACCCCUGUCAAGGGCCCCGCGACUCCCACAGGAUCAAGUGAUUCCCUCAGCACAGAAGAUACCCCUCAGCGGGCAAAGGCUGAUGGCUCCAAGCCGCUACCCCUUCGUUCGCUCUUGAUACCCAGAGUGAUCAUAGCUGCUGGAAAUUAUUCCGCUUUGUCAUUCCUUGACAUCGCAUUUCGUGCCGUGCAACCUGUGUUUUUCGCCACACCACUAGAGCUUGGUGGGCUGGGAUUAGAUCCCCCGCGCAUCGGUAAUAUUCUAGCUAUCUAUGGUGUGAUCAACGGCUUGUUCCAAAUCUUUUUCUUCGCCGAUCUCCAUGAUCGUUUCGGCUCAAAGACGAUCUAUUCUAUUUCAAUGGCUGCUGGAAUUCCGAUGAUCGUCACUCUUCCCAUCAUCAAUGCUGUGGCCAGAGUGCAGGGGUUAAGCCUCAUGGUAUGGGUGAUCGUUGGCCUACAACUUGCUCUCUCAAUGAUAUUAAAUUUGGCGUAUGCCUGCGUAUUUAUUUAUAUCGCUGCGGCCUCUCCGAACCAGGCAUCUCUUGGUGCAACGAAUGGGAUCGCUCAGUUGGGUGUUUCGAUCGCGCGGACGAUCGGCCCUGCAUCCGCCACGUCCAUGUUCUCGUUCUCCAUUAAAAACCCCCACCACGCGUGGAUAGUCUACUAUUAUCUGAUUGCUCUUGUCUGUAUGGGCAUUUGCAUGUCGCUCUUACUUCCUCGACACUUGUGGAAGAAUCACCAUUAACGAAUCUCACGCCCCGCUUAUGGUUUCCCUGAGGUCGCUGCUAGGGGUCAGGGGGGAAUCACUUACAUGAAUUAGACAGACAUUGUCUCACUAGUCUUGACCUAUCAUUUCUUUGAGACAAAGUCCACGCUUUUGUUAUUUUAAUCGCAUUUUCGUCUAUCAACCGGUUAUUGUCAA